AUGUGGGACCUAGUCGUCGUCGCCGACAGGCACGCGGUGCUGCCCGAAGGCAUGACGCACCUGCCGGACCGGGCGUUCCGUGGCCGCGCCUCUCUCGUCUCGGUCGCCUUCCCGCGCAGCCUCGUCUCCAUCGGCAGCUGCGCCUUCUCCGGCUGCUCCUCCCUCGUCUCCAUCGACCUCCCCGCCAGCCUCACCUCCAUCGGCAUCCGCGCCUUCUCCGGUUGCUCCUCCCUCUCCUCCGCCUCCUUCCCCGCCGGCCUCACCUCCAUCGGCCACAACGCCUUCGAGGGCUGCUCCGCCCUCUCCUCCGUCACCCUCCCCGCCGGCCUUACCUCCAUCAGCAGAGGCGCCUUCUUCUUCUGCUCCGCCCUCUCCUCCGUCACCUUCCCCGCCGGCCUCACCUCCAUCGGCCGUGACGCCUUCCACGGCUGCUCCGCCCUCACCCGCGUCACCCUCCCCGCCACCCUCACCUCCAUCGACCAUGGCGCCUUCCGCGACUGCUCCGCCCUCACCACCGCCGCCUUCCCCGCCAGCCUCACCUCCAUCGGCGACUGUGCCUUCGACGGCUGCUCCUCCCUCGCCCGCGUCACCCUCCCCGCCGGCCUCACCUCCAUCGGCAGCCACGCCUUCCGGGGCUGCUCCUCCCUCGUCUCCGUCACCCUCCCCGCCGGCCUUACCUCCAUCAGCAGAGGCGCCUUCUUCUUCUGCUCCGCCCUCUCCUCCGUCACCCUCCCUGCCGGCCUCACCUCCAUCGGCGGCUACGCCUUCUACCGCUGCUCCUCCCUGACCCGCGUCACCGUGCCAGACACCGCCACGAUCAGCGACGAGGCUUUCGAUUCUGAGACCACCGUCCUCCGCCUCCGGCCCGCAAGCAUGCGCGACUCGCAGCGCUGGUACGAGGUGGUGGACGGGGCUCUGGCCUACAAGCGCUGCCGCCCCCUCCUCUACGGCUGGCUAGAGCGGGCCCAGACCAGGCUCGGCUCUUACGGCCCGGAUGGCGCGGCGCGCCAGCGCGACCUCGAGGAGUUCGAGGGCGACUUUGCGCCGCUUGUAGAGUGA